AUUUCUUCCAUUUCAGAAAAUCUCCGGUCAUAUUUCGUUCCGUAACGUCUACUUCAAUUAUCCGACAAGAAGACAGAUCAGAGUACUCCGUGGACUUAAUCUGGAGAUAAAUCCGGGCACGACGGUAGCGCUCGUUGGACAAUCUGGUUGUGGAAAAAGCACUGUGAUGGCGUUGUUGGAACGGUUUUACAAUCAAAACAAGGGCGUUAUAGCGUUUCACCUGAAGCUUGUCCAACUUGGGUGUUAUUUACUCAAGUUCACGCCGUUUGGGGAAUUUGCUCUUGCUUGUGUAUUGUUAGCCAAGAACCAACACUGUUCGACUGUACCAUCAUGGAAAAUAUCUGUUACGGACAAUCUUCGUGAGCAAGUGUGUAUUGUUAGCCAGGAACCAACGCUGUUCGACUGCACCAUCAUGGAAAACAUCUGUUACGGUCUCGACGACCCCAAACCGUCCUACGAACAGGUUGUUGCUGCAGCAAAAAUGGCGAAUAUUCACAAUUUUGUGCUGGGACUACCAGAGGGUUACGAUACGCGUGUUGGUGAAAAAGGCACUCAGCUGUCAGGCGGACAGAAGCAACGAAUAGCCAUAGCCCGAGCGCUGAUUCGAGAUCCGCCUAUACUUCUGCUGGAUGAAGCAACAAGCGCUCUGGACACGGAGAGUGAGAAGGCACGAACAUGCCUUGUAAUUGCCCAUCGCCUUUCUACAAUUCAAGACAGUGACGUCAUAGUGAUGAUCCAGGAGGGAAAAGCUACAGACAGAGAGACAGAGCAGCUCACCUUUUCAGGCACUCAUGAACAUUUACUGAUGAAGAAUGAUCUGUACAAACGGCUAUGCGAAACACAACGGCUCGUUGAAUCACAAUGA